GGCGCGAGUCAAGGAGCAAAGAGAAUGUAGCAUGGCGACGACAGAGGCGUGCAGGGUCCGUUGACGCCACAAAACAGCACUCCGAUCCAUAGCUUUCGCGACUUGGCUGCACGAUGGCUGCCAGUGCCGCCGCCCAGGUGACAGAGAGGGAGCUGCAGGCCAGGCAAAUCCCUACAUCAUGACGUGAAUCACUUGUGCUGUCUGUGUGUGGCUUGUCGUUCGGUUUGGUGCAGAUGAGCGCGGUGAUACAGGCGCAGCUGAUGCCCCAGGUAGAGGGCUAUCGGCUGAAGCAGGCUCAGGUAUCAGCUAACCAACACACAUACCAACUCGUCCAUUCCAUGCGGUGCAUCCAAAGCUCAUCGGCUGCCUUGUGUGUGUGUGGUGUGCAGGUCAACAGCUGCAUUGAUCAACUUCUGCAGAUGGACACCGCAGCUUCGAUGGCACCACUGGUGGGGCAGGCUGCCAAACACACCACACACCACAAGGCCCUCUGUGUGUCUGUGGAGUCUACUUUGCUUGGCGUCGCUCUCGUCGUGUUGAUUCAUUCGUCAGAUGGUGGCCAAGGUGAGUCGUCAAUUUGCUGCUGUGUCGAACCUGCUGGCCGAGUUGGCAGAGACCAUCAACUCGACCAUCGCACUCACAAGACAUCGCCGCACACAGGUGAGUGGGGGAGUGACCACAGGCAGGCACAAACACAAGACCCACACUGAUGUGGUGUGCACCUCUUAUGUGCUGUGUGUGUAUGUCCUUCUUUAUGUGUGUCAUCAGGCGCGACGAUUGCACCUGACUGACAUUCCCGCCAACCCCAUGAGCGUCGUCAUGGAACUGUCUGACCUCACCGCCAUCGCCCACCUCAAGUCGACAGCCCGACCCAUCAGAAAUACCCUCCGGCCGAUCGUCCGCCGCCUUCGGCUGCCGAAGGCCAUCGAGCGGGCGGGGGUAAGCGGUGUGGUGCAGUUCGACGAUCAGCUGAGCCACGGCGAUGUGAUGAAGGGCAUGUGGGUGGUAGAGGAGGGGGGCGAGGGCGGCUGGGGGGAGGUGGCCGACACAGUGAGAAUGUCGGAGCACUGCGGCUAUUGCCAGCUGCCGGUCACUGUGGGUGCUGGAGACCUGCAGACACACGCCACCAAGGCGGUAAGCACGAUACACAGAAGAGGCAAUCGGUGAGCUGCUGGAUGUGUGUGUUGGCUGCAGGACUUCUUGGCGCUGCCCCAUUUCUGUGCCCAGUGGAUGCUCGUCGGCCGCCGUGUGGCCUUCCGCCGCGCCAACGGCCAGCAAGACGGCACACUCGAGCUGUUCCGCCACAACAACAACGAGCUCCGGAUCAUCCGCAAUCAGCCCAACUUCACCAUCACCAUCAACCCACCCCUGCCCCUCCUCAGCCGCCCCAUCCAUCCCUUCUCGCAGCACCCCUUGACCCACCACGCCAAGCCACACGACCCGCCCGCCAGCAGCCGCAUUGUGUGGCAGAACGGUGUUGGCUGGGCGACGGUUGGUGUCAACGACGGGCAUGCUUUCGCAUCGGCGAGUUCCAUGCUGAAGGACUUGAUGCUGGGUCACCGGCUGUUGGUUGUGGGCGGCUGUUGGUUGUGGGCGGCUUCACCUACUCGCCGACAGUGGUGGUGGACCGGUGAGUGGAUGGACGGCACACAAUGAGAGGGCGAAUGGCUAUGUGGUGCGCUAUUGAUGUGUGUGUCAGGCGUGUGCGGGGUGGCCACCUCGACCGCAUCGUGACCCAGUCGCCGCACACGCCCCUCGACGGAUGCUCGGACGUGUUCACACGGGAGUGGGCCAAUGGACUUUGUGCGCAGAUGCAUGUGCUGACGACGUCUGCCGACCCAUUCAUCGCAGGGAUUGACUUUGUUAUCCAGCCAGGCAACAACCAGGACGGUACGCACACACAUUCACAGCACAUCCUCAUGCUGUCGUGUCGUCUGAUCGUCCGCUCCUCUCUUGUCUGCAUGCAGUGCGCGUCACAGUCAGUACCACCGAGGUGCUAGCAGCAGGUGUGGCCACUGAUGCGCCCUUCGCCCAGCGGUUCCCCCGGACGGCCGCCAAGGUGCGUCGCGUCCUCGGGUCGAUAGCAGCUGUCGUCCUCGAUGGCCAGGCACCGUAGCUACAAAGUGAGAGCCCCGCAGAUGAUGCAGACAUGCAUCUGAUGUGAAUGCACAAGACGCCUGCGUGUUGGUCUCUGUCAUGCAGGAUGGUCGUUUGGCUCGAAGGAUGACCGGCUUGACUGGGCGGCUGACUGGCUGGCUGGCUAUUAGUGGGAUAGUGUGUAUGCAAGUUGGCUGCAUGUGGUGCGUCCGGCCGAAUGGGAUGGGCUCAUAUCCGUGGAGUGGACGCGUGUCUGUGCAGACAGACAGACGGGUGCAUGCGCGUGAAAUCCAUCCGUGACAGAGAUGGAAGGCACAGGGAUGCGCGAGCCAUUCACAGCUGAAUCCGCAUGCACUACAGUCAGCAAAAUACGCACACGACACUGCC